AUGUGUAUUUUGAGAAAAAACAGAACGCAAAAUGAGGGGGAAGAGAGAAAUGGGGUAGAGAGAAAGGGGAAAGAGAGAAAGGGGGAAGAGAGAAAGAGGAAAGGAGGAAGAGAAAAAGGGCGAAGGAGGAAGAGAGAAAGGGGGAAGGAGGAAGAGAGAAAGGGGGAAGAGAGAAAAGGGGAAGAGAGAAAGGGGGAAGGGAGAAAGGGGAAAGAGAGAAAGAGGAAAGGAGGAAGAGAGAAAGGGGGAAGAGAGAAAGGGGGAAGGAGGAAGAGAGAAAGGGAUAAGAGAGAAAGGGGGAAGGGAGAGAUGGGUAGGAGAAAGAAAGGGGAAGAGAUGAAAGUGGAAAUAGAAAAAUGGGAGAGCGAAAUGAAUGAGAGAAAACAAAUGAGGAGUCAAAGUGGGGAAGAUAUAUUGGGGGAGAGGAAGCGGGGGAAAGAUAAUGCAGGAGAGAAAGAAAGUGGAAUAUAG